CGAAAAAAGUUGCAGUGAAACGUAUGAGACAAAUGAAUAAAAUUUUUGGUGAGAAGAAAGAAGAUCUUCGUCCAAAUGUUCGAAUGUUACUGAUCUAUAUAAAGUGGCCUAAUGAUUUACAUAACUUAUUGGCAAAAUCCUGAUGUCUAUGCAAAGAUUUAUGAAUUUUGCACGAUGGACUUUGAGAUGAAUUUGACUAUUAGAAGGAUGCAAUUAUUUUUACCCUGUCUGUGUACCAUCAUUAUUUAUUACACCAUUUUUUAUAAUUUUACAACCGUGAAGCUAAUUUAUGCACAUCUAAUAAAUGAUUAUGAACAACUCUUGGAUGAUAAGGAAUUGGAUAUUGUAAAAAAAUAUAAUAAAGAAAGUAAAAUAUACGCGUUACUUACUGCCAGACUUACCGUCUUAACUAUGAUAGCAUUUGUGACUUUCACAACAUAUUUGAUAUUAAUACAGCACGCAUGCAAUAAAUUUAGCAUUCUUAUAAUGAAGACACUACAACCAUUUAAGAAAAAACAGAACUCUAUCGAACAGGAUUUUUAUUACAGUGGACCUCAGAAGGAGCACGAUUGGAUAGUUGAUAUAACAAAUCGUCAUAUAAAGGCCACGCAGUUCAUUGAUUUGAUAAAUUCUUUAUCCGAGAUGAUUUAUUUAAUCGAAAUUUUCUUUGGGAUGAUUAUAAUUAUUGUUGAUUUUAUUUAUAAAAUACAAGCGAAAUAG